UAUGACCUGGAUCAACAAGUCUUUUCAUUUUUAAAGUUUUUAUCAACGACGUCAUUUCAAAACUUACUACAAAACAAAUUACAUUCACUUUUAAUUUAUUCAAUAUUGUGCCGUUUAAAAACUACAGUACACUGAUUUGUAAUCUUUGUUAACAAUUAUGUUUAAAAUAUAUUCGAAAUCGAAUCCAUAUGUCUAUGGAAAAUAUUAUUUCUCUGGAUUAUUCUAUGCAGGUGGUAGCCGUCUGGACAAAACUAUGCAUGUUUCUUCAGCAUUAAAGUUUCCUCAGGUUGCUAUUAAGUUACCUAUAAAUAUUGAGGACAUAAAUUCUUCAGAAAUGGGGAGAUUUUCACCACAAAGGGACAGAGAUAUAUCUGCACCCGUUAUUUGUUACCAUUAUGAAAAACAAAAUCAAAAUUUUUCCAAAAUUGAUAUUACAUCGCAACCUGAUCCACAUGUUAACAAAUAUGACUGUAGAGGGGCAGUCAGUCUAUCUUCAACUAUGCAAAGCAAUGUACCAACACCUUUCAGCGGUAAUCAUACACAUCUAAAUAUGCCAGGGUCACAAUGGGGUCAGGGUAUUAAAUAUCUUUCUGACCAUUUGCAGAGUGCCCACUAUUUGACCUUAAGAAAUGAGUAUCGCAAUGCAUCUAGUGCCGCUGUCACAUUUGCAACAAGAAACAUGUGUACAGAAGUAAAUCGUCCAUUAAGUGCUAAGGAGAAAUUGAAACAGGCUAUGAAAGAAUAUGGCUCAACAGUAAUAGUGUUCCACAUUUCCAUUUCUUUGCUUUCCCUGGGGGGAUGUUAUCUACUAAUCAGUAGUGGCGUAGAUCUAAUGGCUGUGUUGAAAUAUUUCAAUAUUGGUGAAGGCGCUUUAUCAAAGGUAGCAUCGUCAAAUGCAGGCACUUUUGUUAUAGCAUAUGCAGUACAUAAGUCUUUUGCUCCGGUUAGGAUAGCUAUAACUUUGACGGCUACACCUUUUAUUGUACGGUAUUUAAGAAAUAUAGGAUUUAUAAAACGCAAUGUAAGUUCAGGUGGUGGGAAAUAAAUGAUUGUAUAGUAAAAUA